AUGGAGCACCAUCCAGAAACCUUGGCCCUACAUGCUGAUGAUGAAUUGGAUGUGAGCAACGAUGUGGCACCACCUCUCCAUGUGGCAAGCACCUUCAGGUUUCCCUCCGAUCCCGAACAACUCAUUCCUCUAAGGCUUCGGAGUGCAGAGGAUAAAAGCCAUGUUUACGCUCGUCUGACAAAUCCAAAUACUACUAGAUUCGAAGCAGUCCUUACCUCUCUUCUCAAAGCCCCCUCAUUGACGUAUACCUCUGGACUCUCAGCCUUGCUAGGUGUACUAGUUUGCCUUAAACCUCGACAGAUAUCUAUCGGCAAAGGAUAUCCAGGUUGUCAUGGAACAAUUGCACUAAUCAGUGGCCUAAAUGGAAUGAAGAAGCUGCCAUUGGAUUGCGCAGCAGAAGAUCUUGAGGCAGGAGAUGUCAUCUUCUUGGAAACUCCAGUCAACCCUACAGGCAUAGCCAUGAAUAUUCAGGAUUUUGCCAAUAAAGCACACUCAAGGGGUGCCAUCUUAGUCGUGGAUGCCACGUUUGGCCCCCCUGGCCUUCAAGACCCAUUCACACACGGUGCUGAUAUUGUGCUCCACUCUGGAACCAAAUAUUUUGGAGGACAUAGCGAUAUGCUCUGCGGCGUCAUUGCAACGAAUAACCAAGAGUGGUAUACGCAGUUGAAGAAAGAACGCUUCUUCUUGGGUGGCGUGAUGGGGAGCCUCGAAGGCUGGCUUGGUGUUCGCAGCAUGAGAACUCUGCAUCUUCGAGUCAUGCAGCAACAGGAAACGGCUACAAGGCUGGUUCAAUGGCUAAACAGCACCCUCCAAUCCAACGAAAGCAAUGGGGUGCAAGGCAAUUCGGAAUCACAAAUCAUCAAGACCGCCCUCGCCACUGUCACCCACGCAUCUCUCCAGGCAGCAGAUCUGGAGGAAGGAUGGCUUAAAUCUCAAAUGCCCAACGGUUUCGGGCCAGUGUUUUCUAUAUGUUUAAGAUCUCGAAAUAUGGCUAGCAGAUUCCCAAGCAAGUUGAGGCUGUUCUCUCAUUCUACUAGUCUUGGUGGCGUUGAGAGUCUGAUUGAGUGGAGGACGAUGACAGAUCCUGACGCAGAUCCUACACUGCUUCGUGUUAGCAUUGGGUUGGAAAAUUGGGAAGAUCUUAAGUCAGAUAUGUUCCAAGCUUUUCGAGCGGUUUUGGAAGAUGAGAAGGAAUGA